AUUUAUUAAAAAUGCCGCCAAAAGGAAAACAGGAUCCAAGAGCACCUGAUAACCCAUGCUUUAAUGAGCAAAAUAUCAGCUACAAGUGCCUUUCUGAAAAUAAUUAUGAUAAACAAAAAUGUGAAAUUUAUUUUGCAAAUUAUACCGAAUGCAUGAAGUUCUGGACGAAAGUAAAGUUUGACAGAAGAAGACUUGGUAUAAUUCCGGAAGUUCCACCUAUUGAAGAGCGAGAAUCAAUUAAAAAUGAUUAUAUGAAAACAAAACUUAAGAGUUGAAAAUGAAUUUACAAUUUAGUAGUUACGAUGUUUAUCUGAAAAAUAAAUGAAGUUUUAUUAAAAUUAG